AUGACAUCCCCAUCGUCACCAGCACGCUCUUUUGCAAGGUAUGAAGCAACUUCGCCUUUUCGGAACGCCUUUGCUUCAUCCUCGUCCUCUAGCACUACCAAACCUGUCCACAGUCCUUUCCUGAAUCGACGAGCUCGACACAGCAAUCAGUCUUUAUGUACCCCUCGAUCCGGUCAACCAGAGAUCUCGAGACCACCAGACGCAAUCUCAACGUCCAGCAGCACACUCGUUAAUGCAGACACUGCCUCCGACUACCGUCCCUGGGAAGUACGAUCCGAAGCCAGCUUGAGCACCAAUUCCCUGGACUCUGCUACGAUAAGCAGAGGCGGGCGAGCAACACCAACUUCUUUCUCCACGCUGGAGGAUAUUGGGACGCUUACUUCAAUACACAUCUCUCCGCUGCCCAGUAGAGCGGAUUCUCGUGCCGCGAGGGUCAGUCAAGGGUCAAGUAGGACGAGUGUAGAGGGAGGAGCUAGACGAAGCGUAGAUUCGAGCUUGACGAGGAUAAGGCCAGUAAAGCAGUUGUGCCCGGACGAUUGUAGAUGUUCUGAUCAGGAUAUUGAUUUGGGACUGUGUAGGAGGGUGGUUGGGUCUUCUUCUUCUGGGUCUGAGUCUGGGUCGUUGUCCGUUGGAAUGCAUGCCAUGCGGCCCAGAGCCAUAGCCGAUUCCACAAUGGAAGCGCAGGGCGAUAUGAAACGGGAUCCACAAGAAACUUCCCAUCUCUCAUCACAGUCGCAGUCGGAAACUCGCUCGCAAGGAAGAGAUUUUGAUAAAGAUCCCAUUCUUGUGCCAAAAUCAGCACGGAAGGGGCGUUCAUCCACUUCGACGUACCAACAUUCUUUUGAUCAACUACAAAAAGGUCUCGAUACACUCGAUAGUAACGAAUCCGACGCAGACAGCGAUGCGAAUCAAGUUCUUGCCGCACAACGAAGGGCUGAGUCGAUGGCUCGGUGGACUGCAAGACGGUCUUCUAUGGAAGGUCGCUUAUCACGCUCACCAGCAGUCAAAGUAGGACCAACGUCAGAACAGCCGAAAGCCUCGCCUUCACGCACAGCUCUCAUCCAGCCACGACCAGAGCUCAAGGUAGUAGACGAGAACGCAAGCCCAUCCUCACUCCAUACAACUCCACUCAAAGCAACACCUGGUCGUAAAAGCAUCGCCGCAGUCUUCGAGUCGAUGCAAAAAGACCGCAAAGCUAGGGCAGCGGAAGAACACAAACAGUGGCAAGAGAAACAGGCAAGACGGGAACGAGAGAGAGCUGCACGAGCUUUCGGACUUGCGUCGCGGCGAAGGACAUCUGCAGGGUCGAAUUCGAUCCUGGACAGUCCUGCAUCUGUUUCAACUGUGCCGGAUACGCCUCCGAUCAGCGGAGAUAGAUCGACGAGAGAGGUUCGACAGGGGUCUGCGAGGUCUCCAGUUUCAAGUGCGAUGAGUGUCUCGCCGCUGCUUUUGAGUCCAGGGUCGCCGAAAGUAGAUGAGGGUGCAGCUGGCGAUGUCCAACCGCGGCACUUGGUCGAGGAGGCUACAGCGAGGAUACCCGAUACGCUCGCUGGAGCAGAUGAGGCAGGAACAGCUGAAGAACAAGAAGGGAAGGAAGAGGAAGCAGCAGCAGCACUACCAACAACGCCCAAACAACCAUCGACAUCUGCAUUCGGAUUCGCAUCCCAACCAAUGGCUUUGGACCUUUCGCCCGCUCAUACCAUCUCUUCGUUCUCCUCAAGUCCUGCCUCUUCACCGCGGAAAAAUGCGCAUAGGAGACAGGACACCAACACAGUCAGCCAGUCAAGUCGGUUUCCCGCACCAACGUCUUCCCUUAAUGCUGCGCGAGCGAGGUUGAAUCAGGUGCUUGAUACACCGCAGCAGCAAGGGGGGAGCGAAAUGUAUCAGACGCCGAAAAGUGGGAUUUUGAAGGGGAUACCACAGCUCAGUAGUGCCGCGAAGAGAGGACACAGUGUUAGGUUUAGUCCCAGACCUGAUUAUCGUUCUGAUUCGGGGAGUUGGGAUGAGAGUGGACAGCAGAGUUUGCGUGGAGAGGAACAGGAGGCGGAGGGAGAGGAUAGGAGGGAGAGGGCGGUGGAGAGGUUGCUGUUGCCUGCGAGGGAGAUUACAAUUCCAGAUGUAUUGGUUUCUGCAUCUGUGCCGAUGGAAACUGCUGCAGUCGGGGAAGAGAAGGAGGCAAGUCAGGAUGGCAUAGAUCAAGAGGAGCUCGCACAGUCGUCGCCGAAGAAGGCGAAAACAGAAGAAACAAGUCAACUGCAUACACCUUCCAAAAUCGGCAACGACUCCGGCGCUGCAACUUCUUUCUCCCAAAGUGUGAGGAUCCCAGGAGCGUACGCACCAACACCAACCAAAACUUCUUAUUCACGACACGUCAUCAAACCGAGCCCACAGAAUCCACGCAUGCGGAUCCUUCCUUUCACGUCCUCUUCCUCCACCACAUCAUCGCAAGGCAAGGGUGAAUAUGUUCUAUUCCCAGACUCCACCCUCGCAUCUGCCUCUGGAUCUUCCAUCCCGCGCGAGUCUACACCACCGCCCUCGUUCGUACGUGCACCAGACGACCCUCGCAACUCACCCCGUUCUCCUCGACCUGCCAAUCUGGGCAGAGAGCAAUCUGCACGUUUCAAUGCGGGAUCUUCCUCUGACGAUUCCGGAAGUUCAUUGCCCGGAGUGGUUGCAAAUACGAAAGCGAACGAGGGCACAGGCGCUGGGGUGGACGAUUCGUUGCAGCUUACAAUAGGAAAGAUCUUGAAGACGGUUGAAGAAUCUCACAGUGCCAAAAAGAAACGAUUGGCGUUGCGGGAGCGAUUGACUGCUGUCUCUCACCAGCUAGCUCCUCAGCCGUCACAAAAGAGGGAACGCUCAUCGUCACAACCCCAGCUCGAGCUAACAGAAGAAGAUGGAGAAAGGCAAAGAAUAGAAGAGUUGAGAGGGGAAGUUAUGCAUGCGUUGGCUGUUCUAGCUGACCGUCUUGGCCAGCUUAACAGCACUACAUCUUCUGCUGCUCCUGGUGACAUUUCGUCUAUCUCGAUCGCCUCUUUCACCUCGCCGAGGGACGCGAAGAGAGGUCUUCCGAGAUGGACAAUGUUGCUGGUGGUGAUAGCACAGUGCGCAUUGAUCGCCUACUUGUUGUCAUUGGCAGAACAACAAGCACAACAUAUGCGGAUGUUUUCUCCUUCCCCACACCACAUUCUUUACCGAACACCGGGAGAGGUCAAUUGGAACGCUAGAGCACAAGACAUUCACUUAACUCCCCUUCUUUCCAUUCCGGGACUCUCGCAUCUCGCUGCUUCCUUCCCGCCUCUCCCUUCCCCCUCCUUUCUCAACUUGUUGGAUGGGAAUGCUGGGUUGUGGACCGUUUAUAGGUCCUACAUUAGGUUGCACGGUUGGACUGCGUUGAUGGUGCAGCUAGGAGCGUAUGCUGUAGCACAGUUGAUAUCUUGUAUCGUAUUGUUGAUUUUAGCACCAGUGCAGGUGUUGUGGUUGGUUGUGGAUCCCACUCGAUUCUAA